AUGCUGACAAACAUUCUCGAUCAACUGAUCAAGACCUACGGCCAUGAGUUCCUCGGCGACUGGGACCCGAUAAACAACUUCAGGAUUGACUCGCUCUCUGAGCCGGAGGUUCACCUGACCAACAUCCCUUUCCCGCAGCAGCUGUUUGAUCUCGCGGAAAUCCCUUUCGCCGUUGAUUACUCAAACAUUGCCAAGGUUCGGGCGCGGUUCUCUUGGCAAAUUUUCUUUGGGUCGCCCUCCUCCAAUCCGUUCACGAUCGAAGCAGAGGAUCUCGAAAUCCGACUGCGUCUGCUGUACCCGAGCGAGUGGGAUGCGGAGCACUGGCUCGCCAAAGUCCUGAAGGCGAAGAGAAAGCGAGCCGACCUCUGGCAAAAAUUUGCCUCCUUGCUCAGUACCUAUGUGCCGGACAAGAAGAGUCUCACUCAGACAAUUGAGCCGCGAAUCGUGAACGCACUCAAGCUCCGGGUGAAAAACAUUCACGUCCAUUUGGUUGAUGACAAUCUUCACCAGACGCCAUAUGCCUUCGAACUGAAGGUCGAUGAAUUUGUCAUCGACUCGCCCCAGCGGGGGGACCCGCGUCUCUCCGAAGUCGAGAGCACAGGAUCGGAGAACUGCCUGUUGAUGGGCCUGUGGAUGCGAUUCGUCGGGAUGCACUUCUGGUUUCGAGAGUUCCCUCGGCCGAUGCUCCGCGGACGGGCGGGACCGUCGGUUUUCGUGAGAAAGGUCCGCGAGCUGCGUCGUCGUCUGCGGCGAAAUCGGGGCGACGAGGAGGCGCGGCGAGAGCUGAAUGCACUCCUGAAUCGCGAAGGAGAAGACGAAGAUGAGGACGGCGAAGAGGAUGAGGACUCCCGCGUCUCCGGCGUGGAGGCGGCGGCCGCGACGGGCGAUGCCGCGGCGGGCUACCCUCUCUCGUCGUCCUCUGGCAAGCCUAGCACGCCAGCCUCGCGGGGCGACGCGCCGGACGCCGACGAGGGCGGCGAGCAGAAACAGCAAGCUGAUAGGCCAGACAGUGAUCCGUCAGACCAGGUGGUUGGGGGGUCUGGGAACGACCUGAGCGACCUCGGCACGGCGCUGGAGAGGCGAGCUGCGUUUCAGAAGAGCAAGACGACGUUCAAGCCUCGCGCGUCGGCGCUGGAGGUCUCCUCAGACGACGAGGUCCCGAGUGAAGGAGGCAAGUUUCCAGACGAAGCCCAGGGGCGCGGCGCAGCCCUUGGCAGCCUUCCAGGCAGCGAACCGGCGUGGGGCGUGACGCCUGUGGGCUCCAUCAAACUCAUCUCCGCGAAGACAACGCCUCUCGCCACCCAGGCUUCGUCCCGCGAGACGGACGACAGGAAUGCCACGAGCAAGGAAGGCGAAGACGCUGAGGAGCAGAGCAGGAUGAACAAGCUCGUUGCGCAGUUGAGCAAGGAAAUGAUGGAGACGUUCCCGAUCCGCGACGAGGAGAUCGCGAAGGACUUGGCGCAAAAAGCCAUCAAAAAGGGCCUCCUCUCACCCGCCUUGAGCAACGUGAACUCCGACCCGUCUCCAGCGUCUCCACGCAGUGGAGCCUUCGGCACUCGGCGCGGCUCUGCGCCUCGCGGCACAAGCCGCGGCCGCGCGAGGCCGCCUGAGGACAGCGGACGGAGUGACGGCGAGAGCCGAGGAGGCCGCCGCCGCCGCGAGUCCUUCUGGUCCAAAAACGAGAAAGACGGGGACUCCUUGCACGGCGUUCGAGCGGGGAAAGCGUUCAAGGUCGUCCCGAGUCAAAUCAAAGAACUGCUUCCGUCCAAUACCCACGCCUUUCGGGUCACCCCAGAGACCGGCAUAGAGAUGCACAUUCUCUUCAAAAAAUGGGAGCUGCGGGCGCUGGGGUCCUCUAUCCCGGUGAAUAAAGAGCCCUGGAAAAAUGUCGAGCUGUCCUUCAUCGCCCACGACCCAUCAAAAUACCAGUCUCUAGGGAACCCAAUUCGCCCGCCGCUCUGCGCGCCUCCCGCGGCGCGCGUCCCGUUCUUUCAUGUUCCGUUCGCCGCCGCGAGCUCAGGAAGCAAGAGACAGGGAAUGGCGAACCACUUGAUGGCGCGCGAACUCAGCUCGCCGAGCGUCGGCAAGUCGUCGGAUCGAAAGGCCUCUGUGGGCGCCGACUCGGGGGGACUGAAGUCGCAGAUGUCUCUGCGGCGGAAUUCGCCCGCGGUCGCCGCGAAAGAGGUCGGCAUGGCGACCAGCGCCGAGGCGCUGUCUGUGACGGACGAGGCUAUCGGAGCCGUGUCUCCGCCGCUUUUCAACGGUCACCAGCAGCACGCUCCGCUUCGUCUCUCCAUGACGGCGGCAGUCGUCGACGCCUUCUUCAACUUUGUGAAGCUCCUCGACCUCUGGUUCGUCUUCAUGAAGGGUGCGACGCGUCCUCUCAAGCGCGUUGCCUCCGAGAAGGAAUGCACCACAUACGUCGACUCCUGGAAAAAGAAGCUCAUCGGUCAGACCAAACCGGGGGAUGACGUGGAGAAGUACGUUGCGGAGUUCGAACACUCUUCUCCGCUCUUUCUGAUUCUUCGUCUGCGUCAGCUGGCGGAGGACGGACUUUCGUGGAAAGACGGCGUGUCCGCAGCGCUUCUGCGGAAGCAGGUGUUCCGUGCGGUCACCCUGGGUUCCCCGCGAAACCCGUUUUCGUGCACCGGCUGCAGGCCGUAUGUGUGCCGGGAAAACGACGACGAAGAUGAGUCGGGAAACCAGGACUACAGCGAGGCAGGCGGUCGUGAGACGCGCAUAGAUGAGUUCGCCGAAGGGCACGCCCUCGAAGCGGAGGGCAGGGAAGGCGGUUUUGGCGGGAAGCGCUGGUUUUUCUCCGACGGCGAGCUCCAGGUCGUGGUGCCGAAUCUCUGGCUCGAGCUCCUCCCGGUGAUCAAGGGAGGCAUGCACAUUGACUUCCCCGCGAACCUCGCGCGCGCCAGCAAGCGCCGGUCGCGCGCGCGGAGUUCUCCGUUCGGGUACGAGGGCAGACGCUGCGACGACACGGACGAGGUCAAUGCGAAUGGGAGUCGGCGCCGCGAGCGGAUUCGCGCCGGGUUGUCGCGCAUCGAGGGCGGCGGGAGGCAGGUGAGAAGACGCAAGCAGGGACGGAAAUCAAGAGGCUCUGCGGACGAGUCCUUCCCGGUGAAAGACUCGGCCUUGAACGGGGUGCUCGACUCCACGCCGUCACUCGCGUCGGCGCCGCGCAGCGCCGACGGCACGCAGACGCCGCCGUACAUGGCGUACGACUCGGCGUGUGCCUCGGCGGCAGCUAGAAGGGGGGGGUCGCUGAGGCGCGUCGCGUCGGUUGAGAGCGUUGCCACGCAGGUGGCGGCGCACGGUGGAACUCUCAGGAACGGCAAGCAGUUCGAAGAAGACCGCGAGGGAGACAGGCGGCGACAGCCAGAGCGCAGAAGGGACGACCCCCGCAGCGGAGGCGCGAGUCACGGCGCGCGAGCCGAGGGCCCCAGACGGAGGCGGAGUGCGUCGGUCGAGCGCGAGGAGAGCAUGCUUGCUGUGCAGGAGAUGGCUGGUCGAGGAGCUGUUUUUGAUCCCUUGCCCGCCAAGACACUCUGCUUCGUCGUCAGCUGCGACUUCCGAUUCCACCAAAAGAAAAAGUCAGACAUGGUGCGGAGCAACGACAUCUACAUCGACCUAGUUAACAUUCAAAAGGGAGUUGUCGCCCUCCAACUGAAACGCUUUGACCGGCUCUGCUACACCCGCUCCGUCCCCGCGGAACUGAUUCAGACACCUCUGCCGAGAUAUCUCAUUGCUCCAGCGCCUCUCACAUGCGGCGCGUGGACUACAGUCCUUUACAUGUCUUCCUUCCCUCCGUCGCGGAAGGGUUGGGGCGUCGGGCUCGCCCACGCUCCGCAGCGGGCAGUUGUCGACGCGUCUGCAGCUCAGCAGGAUCGCAGCGCCUUAGAGGACGAAGGCGAAUACCAAAUCAUUGGGCAACACGUCAUUCAAGGUUACCAGGCUGACGCGGCUCUCGCGGCGAACUGCGCGACGCCGUUGUCGCCGAAUGGACGGCUAGACCCCGCUGACGGUUUCGAGAGCGACCCGGAAGUGGGAGCCUCGGGGCAGGCCGCCGGCACCGCUGCGGCGGCUCCGCGAGUUCGCUUCGGGCCCGCGGUUGAGGGUAAGCGCCAGUCUGUUGUCUCGCUGUUGACGUCGUAUAUCCAUAGAAUGGGUUCGAGACGGGGGGGUCACGCGGACGCGCGGAAGGAAGGCCUUAUCGCCCUUCACCGCUCUGCGCCACCUGGCGCUCCCGCCGGCGCGGCCUCCGGUCUGCUAGACCCCAGAGCCGCGGCAGGCAGUCUGGCUGACGAGUCGGAUGCAGAAGGCAACGACACCGUGGGCCCAAUAGGGUGCAGCAAGCGGAAAAGCAUUCGCAUUUACUUGUCAGAUAAGCUGCUGUGGGACGAAGAAAACGAGCGGCCCAAGAGCAAGAAGAAGACGGUGAUUUCGCUGCCCGAGCUGACAGUCGUCGGCAGCGAGCUUCUGAGCCUCGCGGACAUCGUGCCCACGACGUUCCUGACUCUGGAUCUGUUCUUCCGAGAGGAUCCCCUCAUUCCGCAGUCUACGCUGGAUGCGAUUGCAUGCGCGGUCAACUACUGCACGCGAGCCGACACCGUGGUCUCCAUUCAGCUGGCGGAGGUAGCCCUGGUGUACCGGCAGUGUCUCCUUGACUACGGGCGCCUGAACACCUACCUCCAGCAUGAGCACCGGACGCGGAUCCAGUCGCAGCAGUGGCGCGCCCAGCUGGCGCAUGCACAGAAAUCGGCUAAAGGUCCUCAGGCUGAGAAAAAGCAGUCUGACGCCGCUCACGGCCGGGGUGCGAGCGACACCGGCCGACACUCGCGGCGGCUGCGAUCCGCAGAUCUGCGCACCACGCACGAUGACCCCGUCCUCUCUGUGAGCCGGCGGAAGCUGCAGACGAUCGUUCGAGACCACUCGUUUGUGACGACUCGCCAGCUUCUGUUUGGAGAGAACAAGAAGGCGGCGAACGGCUCGCAGGCGGCCAGGGGCUUCGACCCGCUCCACGAGCCACAGUACGGCCUGGGCGGGUCGCCUCACCUCGCAUACGACGACGCGCCUCCCGGCUACCACCCUGGCGUGGGGGGGCUCGCCGACGUCUCCGUCCGCGACCGCUGCGGUCCGUUCUGGGGCGAAGGCGGCGAAGCAGUUCACUUCGAGCAGAGCCCGAUGUUCGGUUUCGCUGACGGCGUCGGCUUCGACGACGCGGCGGGCGCCGGCGGCUUUGCGCGACGUGCAGCAGAGACGCAUGGCGGACUCGGCCUCCAAGUGGCUCGCGCGUGGCGAAACUCGACGGAAUUUGACGAUGCGGCAGAAGGGACGCAGGCCCUCGACGCGCCUGGACAGACUCUGCGUCUCGAGCAGCCCUUCGCUGGAGAGGACGAAGCGGAAGAGCACGAGGAGGAAGAGGAGACUGAGGCGUGGGAAGACACGAGCGACCUGUACUCUUCAGACGACGCGGCGCUCUUUGGCGCGUCCAGCUCGACCGAAGAGGAAGAGGAGGAAGAACUCGACGAGGAAGUGAUUUUGGAGGCGGAGAGGGAGCCUGUGGAGUCGAGUGGAUUCGAGUGCGUCGCAGAGGGCGUGCAAGCGGUUGUCGAACGCGCCAGAAUCCUCAUCAAGGAGGAGAAACCCUGCGGAGACCCAGUUGUAGAUGUUGACCUCCACGCAGUCACAGUCGGCGCCUUGCUCACUCCCAGCUACCAGGCUGAUGCGUCACAGGCGCUCGCGCAACUGUGCAAAAUUGAGAGAACGCGGCUUCGCGUGCGUCCUGACCGCAUCGUAGUCACCGUCGGGGCUGUUCACGCAGGCGUCUGUACGCCCCUGCUGUCCCUGGGGGCCACGUGGCAGUAUUUCCUUCCUCAGAAAUACCCUUUCACUAGCGCCCUGCAGAAGCCAGCCAUCUUGGGGAAGAAGCUGAAGCAGAUGAGCUGUCUGCGCGACGUCGACACGCUUGCCGCGGCCGCCGUCGCAAAACUGGAGGAAGAACAGUACCAGCUGAUGCUUAAGGAGCAGCAGCAGUGGCAGGAGGCGGCGCGGAACCAGUACGAGGGAGAAGCGCGCAAACAGCGCGGCGGAAAUGGAGCUGCGGUGACCUCACGCGGAGACGCCCGCCGCUCGGCAGCUCCAAGCGGCUGCCAGCAGCCCUCUGCAGCAACAGACACGGAGUCUGGAAGACGCGGGCCUGGGAGCGUAGCAGGGGAGACAGAUCGGGAGGGCUACACGGACGCGGGAGGAGAUGAAACUGUGCUGCGGAGGUCAGCAAAGGAUGCUGCAGGAGGGCGUAGAAGAAAGGGAUCGACCGACGCCAAACUUGAUAUACCUCCACGCAAGCGACCGAGGCCCCCCGCCCUUGAUCCUCCUGAAAGCGGUAUUUACGCAGAUGCACUUCACCCGCGGUUCGAGUGGCUCUUCAACGAGACGGAGGAGGACGACGAGGAUAGGCAGGGGCAGUCUACGAAGAAACGACCUGCUGCCAGCGAGGGCAACGAUCAUAACGGCCAGCCUGAAGCCGCGCCCUGCUUCGGCAAGUACUUGUGCGGGGUGGGAGCGAAUCCGUCUACUGCGGGAGAGGAGGCAGUGGGCGAAGACGAGGGAAAAGCAGAGCCUGCGACUGCGACAGGCAAGCGAGCUCAGCCGGCGCCUAGGGGCGCCGGAGGCGCCACGUCCCAGGCAGGUAGCUCCGCAGAAGACGGGGCGGUCGCGGGGGACGGCGCGGUUCGAGGCGGCGAUUCCGUCUCUGGGGGGGCCAACGAACGUGGAGCGCUGGCUGGUGACAGGGGCGCGCGUAAUGUCGAGGGAUCCGCGGACGCCGUGCAGGGACUCAGUCGGCGCGUCCACGACGGUUUGCAGGCUCGGGGAGGGGCUGGGUACGAAUCCGACGGCGUUUUGCUGCCUCCGGUCGGUGAAAGACAUCUUCGUAUGGCAGCUGCUGCGCGUGUGGCGACGCAGCUGGCGGCUGAGAAGGAAGCAGCGGCGAAGGAGGCGAAGCGUGUCGUCGUUGCAUGCGACGUCAUCAAUGUUGGCCUCUAUACGGGAACACAGGUCCUCGCUGUGGCGUUGACCACGAAUGAAGUGAAGCUGCGCCUAGACCUUCAGGGAGAGCAGAAGGCGGUGAAAGCGAAAGUUGGCGAGCUGUUCAUGCAACACGUCAACCCGGUGGCGCCGCCUGCAUCCGCGUCGGGCUGCCAGUCCCAGCAGCCGCUGGGACCGAGCACCGCUGGAACCGGUCAGCUACGUCCAGGGUUUCAGCACGCGGGCAUGCGAAGGGCGAGCAGCGCGGUGCGGAGUCGAACCGGGGGCGCUGGCGGCGACUGCUCAGGCUUCGAUCUGCGCAGGUCUCAUGGGCUGCAUUCUCUAACCGGCGGCUUCCCUGCUGCGGCGGACCCUUCGCGUUCGGCGGGCCUCGGUUACUCGAGCGUCAUUCUUUGCAAGUACAUAGCACACUUAGGUGCAGCCAGCAGUGAAUAUCGUCACGCAACCAAUUUCAUGCACCGGCUGUCGUCCCCCGCUGGGGCAAGGGGCGACGACGCACAUGCGCCUGCGACUUCUGGGGAAGGGCUCGAGACUGUCGGGGGAGAGGCGACGGUCUCGCCCGACCGCGGCCGAGCGCGGGUCGUACUCUGCGCAACGCGAACUCGCGAGCGGCGAGCCGCGCUGCCGACCAACUCCACCGAGGCAGGCAGCGACGAGUUUCGGGCACGCUCAGCUGGUGCACUUCACCGCAGAAGACGCAAGAAUGCCUCUGCUCGGGAGGGAGGAGGCAAACACACUGAUGGACGCGGAAACGACGACUUUAUAGACGAGGACGGAGAUAACGACGGCGACUUCGAUCUCGAUGAUGACGAUGCUGGAAAGGUGUCCCGCACACGCCGACACAGCAGCUCAGGAGUAUUUUACCGAGGAGACGAGGGACUGUUUCUCAACGACCUGUCAGCGGGGGGAGCGGAGCGCGACACUCAAGCGACCAAUGAAGAGAACUUCGGGACGGCUCACGCCGCUGAGGCAUCCCGGUCUAACAGCCGCGCGAGUAGCGCUGGCGAACUUCGCGGCGACGACGAUGAGGCCGUCUCGGUCGACCUCGAGGACUCUGGAUCUCCGAGAGGCCGCGCUACACGAUUCGUGUCGCGAUUUGAGCAGAUCGGCCACAGAAAGGCCAGACGGGAUGCGUGUGCACCAGUCGAUGUGGACGGCCUUGCUGCUGAAGCGAGCGACCCUCGAGAGGCCGGUGGCGAGGAUCCGAGUUCUAGUCACGGCGAAUCGCUUCGGUCUUUGUUCAGGCGGAAAACGAGUCGCUACCAGGGGGCCAUGAAGAACCUCUUGACAAGAGAGGAAAGGUUUGCUGCAGGGCGGCGGGGCGUAGACACGGGCAAGAGACUGGCGGAGGCCAGGGCAGCUGCACUCAGAUCUGUGGCUGCAGUGACACAUUCGGGCAGACAGGGUGGCAGGCGCGCUCGGUCUGCAGACAGGAGUCGGCACAAGACAGAUCUUUCUCGAAGAGGAGCGUGCGUCGUGGAGGGGAAUACAGGCCACCUGGACGAGUGGAGAGAGCUUUUAGAUUGCGCAGAGGAAGGCUUUGACGAUGACGAAGAUGACAAGAAAGACUUCUGGAUGGAUCGGGACGGAUUCGACCAGGGGGCCACGGCUUGCAUCUGCGGCGCCGGCGUUCCAGAGGCUCAAGUGGAGACGUUUGUCUUUGGCAACGACGCAUCCGAACGCGGAGCCUACGCGGAGAGCCGCGAACACUCCCCGCGUCGCCGCGGGCGCUUGACACACGCUGCUGCGUUAGCUGCGCCUCAGAUCGCUCUGUCUGUGUCUCUGAAUCCGGGCGAAAACGCGGUGGAUGCGAGCGGCAAAAUCCGUUCCCUCCACUUCUUUCCGACCGUCACGUUCACCUGCUGUGUCACGGAGAUUGCGCUCCAGUCCGUCAGCUUUUUCAAGGAAGAGACGCUUCGCUCGUCCCUUCUUGCCGCAGCUGUCACAGAGGACCCGCUGGCCAGCGCGGUCGCUCGGAAGCACGGCAUCUCCCUCCUUCCUGCCGACAGUGCUCCUGGGCCUACCAAAAAUGGGUCGGCGCGAGUCCCAGCCCCGAAAUCCGCGCCAGCAACUACAACGCUUCCUGCAGCUGCCGGUGGCCGCGGCAACCCCUGCCUCAAAAACCCUUCUCCAUUGUCGACCUCAAUGGCGUCGCGGGCGGAUCCGAAUCGGGCUGGCCUGGAAGUCGCAGGAGGCCCCCCUCCUGCGACUCGCGAGUCUGGCGAGGCAGCACAUGCGAAAUCCGCGCGUUCGCAGGGGGGCGCCGAGUCGGCUCUCAAGGACGAUCACGGAGUUAAGAAGAGCGACGCACGAGCCAAGAGCGACGCAGCGGGUGAAGGAACGCCGGCGGAGAGUCAGCAGUGCUGCCAGAAAAUCACCGUCAACUUCGUCCUUAGUGACAUUUCUGUUAACGCGCUGACGAGUGACGCCGAAGGUCCACGCGCGCUUGGAAUGCCGUCAGGUUCUGCUGCGGCCACUGAGACGACGCCCUCCUUCGCUGGCGCUGUCGAGACUGUGUCUAAUAUCGCCCAGAGGGUGGAGUCUGCGUCACGCUUGGCCUCGACGAGCGUGGCUGCGCCCGGGCCGUUUGGUAGCGAUGCAAGUUUGUCCUCGCGUUGGAGGCCGAACGCGGCCGGGUUCGCGGAUCCGCCGCCGCCAGCAGGACUUACAAGUGAGGCUGUAGAGAAUGUUUCAAGAAGCUACGGCUGUUCCCUGGUUCGCGGGCGUCCCCCCGCACAUAGCUCUUUACCUUACCCAAUGGUCUACACGGCCCAGCGAUGCUGCAGCAUACAGAAACUGCCUUCCUCUGAAGCAGUCCCGCGCCAGCUAUUGGAGACUGGAUUACCCGGACUUCGAAAAGCCGGAAACGGCUCCUCAGCGGCCGGCAAGAAGGCUGGGCAGCCGUCGGGGACUGGACUGUUCGACAGUGCGACGGCUGCCAAUUCAGGGGGAUUCGGAGACUCAGUUUCUUGGUUUCCGGAUAGUCCAGAUUCUCCGUCCGUCCCCUUCGUCGCUUUUCGCCACAUGAGUCGGGUGAAUAGUUUGCCGCAAAUAUGGCCAUCCGAAGUUCAUAGCAGGACAGUGGUCGUCGACUCUCCCACGUUUGGCUUGAAAAUCGAGACUAUCCUAUCGGUCGAGCUGCGUACCACAGUGGCAUCGGACAAGGAUUCGCCGGAUGAGGGUGCAGACUCCGCAGCGAGAGAGGCAGCGGGCGCUGCCGAUCCGGGGCAGGCCGGGACGGCGUCUCAAAGCAAGGUACAUCUUCGAGGAGGAAACACGGCACAGGGAGGGUACAGGAGUGGAGACAGGGCACAGCUCGACCGCAGGCCUGCUCCAAAGUCCACGGUCAUGGAACAGUCUAUUUCAGCUUGCAUAUGGCGAUUCCAGGUGUGUGCAGUCCGCAACUGUACGUGGACGAUCGCGGCUCUCGUUCUGUUCGACACGGAGUACGCGGCAGUUUUGCGACGGACUGUGCUAACUAAACCCGGGGUGAGUUCGAGCGACGGAGACCCUUACGCCCGCACUGAGUUCGACGACGGGGCAGGUGGCCGCGAUGUCGCACUGCUUCGAGGCGGUGGCGUCGUAGUUGAUUCUGACGUCGGCGAGAGCAAGGACGCAGGACGUGGGACCUGGAGUCGACGCAAGGAGGGAGACUCAGUGGGCGCGUUCGGGACCCGUCCAUUGCGUGGGGAAGCUGCCGACGGCACAGAGACCGUGAGAGACUGUGGACGGUAUCCGAGCCAAGGUUACUUCGGAACUUUUGGAGCGGGCGGGACUUGGAGCAGAAGCAUGAGUUUUCCUGAACAGCCGGGACACUCGCCGACGAACCGUGGCACGGCGGGUUCGCCCCCCGAGAGCGGCGUUUCGGCAACGAGUCCCCAGCAUUUCGCAAACGAGGGCGGAUCGUCUGUCGGAGGCACUGGAGGACGCUCAUCCAUCGCCGUGUCCCUCACUGAAGGCUUUGACGGCUCUGAUGGUCAUGUGCUCAUUGACGACGGCGACUCCCAGUCUCAGCGUGCAAACAAAAUGCGACAGCGGCAGCGCGCAGACAGUGUCGAUCCAUAUUUGCCUGUUACGCCCUCUCCGCGCUCGGGUGCAGUGACAGAUUCGGAGAUGGCAGGAGCCGGAUCCGGCCCUCGAACCAAAACGUCCUGGCUCUUCCGCCGAGCGUCUGGGUGGAGAGCGUCGGCAUUUGCUGCUCCUGAGCCGUCAUCAGGUGCUCUGAAUCUAGCCAGUGAAUCGCGAGUGGAGGGUGAGGACAACGGCAAGCGGCGGAGCCUCAUCUUGCGGACCUUUACUUCCAGUCGUAGCAAGCGGGCUUCCAGCAUAAAACAGCCUCGACUUGACAUGAGAGGCAUCGAGGCCAGCCAAAACUCCCUGGGUCAAGCCGCAAGCGAUGAAGACCUCGGGAAAACUGGACAGAGAAAGGCGUCAAAGAGUGGGUUUCGGUCGCGGACGUGGUUUAGAAGGGAAUCACUUCCUGCACACUCUGACUCAGAAGCACCCUUCCUUCCGUCGCAUGCAGCGGGGCCUCCGAGUCUGAUGCGUGUCAGUCACGCGCAGACGCCUACUGCGUCAUAUUUCGAGGGCUCCGUUGAUCCCCUUGCUCUGAGAGCCAGGGGAUCUAGCUCACUAGCGAGGACCAGCUGGAUUACAGGCCGGCAUGCUCUGCAAAAACGUAUGUCUUUGACCACUCGCAUCGGCAAGAAACGCUGGUCGGCCGCUUCGCACGGCUCCCCUGGAGACGCGCGGUCACAGCGUGUGGCGGCUCCUGCGGGGACGUCUCCAACUGCGCCGAGUGCAGGCAUCUCUGGAGUUGGAGGGCCCUCGGGGUUUCUAAGAGUUCCCGCCGCAGCUGGAGGCAGCAAACGCUUCAUCACCCUCGGAACCCAGGGAGGUGUGCUGGGGUAUGGACCCGCAGGAGCGGGUGGCCCCCGCGGCGGCGGCUUGGUCCUCGAAGAUUCCACAGCUGGCGGCAUGCGCCGCAGCGGCCGCACCGGGCAAGGCCAGGGAGGCAUGCCAGACGACGGCGCCGGCCCCCUGGGUGAUCGCUACGGAGGCUGGCAGCAGGGCCCGCAAUCCUUUUAUGAUAGCGCCUACGGCCUGGUGCAGAUGCCACCGCGUGGGAGCAUAGGGACGGGAGGAUUCGGAGCCUACGGGGAAUACGGUGCAGACUGGAGCAUACCUGAGGCGCCAGGAGAACUCGAGGACGACGACAGGGGUGUCGUCGCGAUGCAAGAAGUUGUGGUGAGCUGCCUGCUGGAGUCCUUCUCGAUCACGGUGCGGCGGCUGGCUGUCUGGAACGUAUUGUACGUCCAGGAUGACUUCCCGUCAUUCGAUAAUCCCCCGAGGAUUCGGCCGCCUAUGAUGCCUACAGGGCAUCACGAAGCAGCUGUUGGUAGCAGGCUGCUGUCGGCCUCAGGUGGAGGCGCUGGCCAGGCCAUAGCGCAUGCAACCGGGACGGGUGGGAGUCGUGUGACAAGCCCCCGUGCCGCGGGUGACCGAACCUCAAGGGGUGUGCAUACGGGCGCGAACGCCGCAGGGAGCAGCCGAGCCGUUUCUACAGGCGACGUAGACGGUGCUGCCGCUACCGAUUCAGGAAGCAAGGCAGCUCGAGGCGCCCACGCAGUGCCACGCUUAGCUGUCCCUCCCGUGAAGUCGACGGAGAGAGCGAUCUCUGCGGCCGGCGGCAGUGGUUUCCGUCAUGGCGAAGAAAGCUUGGGCCCGUCCUCUCCCAUGGCAGACAGUCGCGGGAAAGGAAGUGCGCACCGACGCGGGUCCUCGAGCUCGCGCAACUCUGGGUCGCGAGCCCGAUCGGUUCUUGGUCAUGCCGCCAACGGCAUGCUAGGAGAGGCUGCAGAGCGCUCUGAGGAUCUCGAGGGCGAAGGCACGUCGGCGGGGGCGUCUCGUCCCGCAGUGCCGCAUCCAGUGCUUUCGUAUCUGCGAGGAUCCUCUCACUGCCAUCCGGCAGCGUUGGCAAGUGCUGCUGCUGUUACAGGAGCCCUGGCUGCGGCAGGUCACCACGGAUUCUUUGGACUGCACCCGUCCUCUUUGUUGGCUGGCAUAUCGACACGGCCGGGAGCCGCUCACGCAGCUCUGACAGCAGGGGCCAUAGCCGCAGCCGAUGCCGCGGCAGCGGUGGCGCGUCGUGGCUACCAGCGGCAACAGGUCGGCAUUGACGUGGCGUCAUCGGCCCAGCGCGGGCAGCGUUCCUCAGGAGGUGCAGCGCGGACGGCGGGAAGUGCUUGGGACGGAGUGGGGACCACUCGCAGCAGGUACAUCGGGGCAGCAGGUCUGGGGACUGGAGGCGUUGUAACGGGGGCAGCGCCGGAUUCUCCCUCUGGGUGGCUAGCGGAUGACCCCGCAGGGCAGGUCUAUCCGGGGGACUUUCCGCCCGAGUUGUUGGCAGCGCAGGCCGACGUACAAAAAACGGCUGGUAAUCUAAUGGGAGUGAAUGUGUUGCUUCAAGAGCUGUGGUGCGAUGAUUACGUGUCAAUGGCUCUGCCUAGCGUGCCGUUCUUCGCGCACGCGAUUGCGGCGCAGCAUGUCACUCCUCUUCUGUUGCCGGUCGUUGCCCGCACAACGUCUAGGGAGGAGCAAGCUUUUCUUAGGACGCAGCAGGAACAAGAGAAGCAGGAGUUCCAGAGAAAGCAGGAACUGCUGAGGCAACAACUUUUGGCUUACGAGCAGGCCACUCGGGCUCGUGCGCGCGGGAAGUCAGGAGGCGGCGACAGGAACUUGGCCGCUCUUCUCAGUCCGGGCCGCGGCGAAGCGGGGGUUUCUGUGGGGACAGGUGAGGCGAAGCGAUCGAAUUUGGCAAACGUCAGGUUCGACCCCGCGACUCAAUCGUAUACCACGCGGGCCCGUUUGUCUCGUGGAGCUAACGAAGGCCAAGACCACUCUCAGUCAAGAGACGAUCGCGGAAGCCGAAAGGCUUCGUGCGAGACAGAGGAGGAGCGUACAGGGGACACCGGGCAGGCGUCAAGAGCCACUCGCGGCCGAUCGUGUGCUAACGAUCCACACCUCACCGUUCUUUUCCGCUUGAAGGACUCGGUUUGCACCAGUCAGGAGGACGACCGCGGUGUCGGGGACCGGGAUGAACGUAACUCGAUAAUGUGCAAGGUGUCGGUGCACCCCACGUUCUGCUCUGUGGAUCCCUUCCUCAUGAGGACGGUGAUGCAGCUUGCAGGACCAGAGGGAGGUUUAGUGGGUGUUAUUGAACGGUUCAAAACAGAGCUCGGUCAGCGAAUUCGUAGCCAUAAAGACGCGACGUCAGGCCUCCGAGGUGGAUAUCCCACUUUUGGUCGCCAGCCAGGCGAGGAGGACGUCGCAGGCGGUUCCUGGGACGACCGCGGAGGCGGCACUGGUCACGUCCGCAGCGGAGACAGCGGAUUCGAAGGUGUGAGCAGCAAAGAGCAGGCUCCAGGCCCGCUGCCCCCCGAUGCCGGAGAGCCGGCGUCGCACGCGGCCGAGGGCGCCGGUCAUGCUAGCAAGGCAGCUGAGGCGCGCUCGCAAGCGGUGCCCGAAUAUUGGAACUUCUCUCAAGGCGGUGGAAGGCAACUCGCACUUCAGAACGGAGAGGCAGCAUUCGGCCCGGGCGGUACGGACGGAGAGCGUGGACGCUCCACGGAAGAGAAAAGUGGAUCUGGCGCAGCAGUGGCUGCGGAUCGCGUCGACCACAAGCUGUGGGGGAAGUCCUCGCAGACGUUCCGAGGAGCGGCGGCUUUCGCAACCACAUUUCUUGACCUUUUGCCAAAAAAUAUCUAUGUUUCGGUCGGGGUAGAGUCCCUACAGGUGUCGUUUCCUGCUGCUGCUGCAGUGCUUGGCUCUGCAAAAGUCCCCGCCUGGCUUCUCCCUUUCCCUACAAAGUAUCUGGCUCUGCCGGCUCAUCGCAUACCGCUGCGAGCCAUACCGUACUACCGACUAGGUUGCUGUACUGCCUUAACUCACUCGCCUACAAUAUGUCUCGACGUUAUCGCGACGGUAGCGUGCCAAUGCUCAGACGAGAAGGGGGACGAGAUCACCAGCAACGCUUUUUUCCACUAUCGGGUGUCUCCGGCAGCUCAAGGCGAUCGUCUGGGACGGCCUUACAGUCCUCUCAUGGCAAAAGGCGGAUACCCUCAACAUGAGGCAGCAUUUUACCCGAGUCGCCGAGGCGGUCCUGUCGCGGGAGGUUUCCCUCGCGCGUAUCCAGGGCAAGGCGGCUACACACAUGGUGUCGCAGAUCAUGUCUCUGGAACGCCUCCUGGUGCUGGCAACGGGCAGCCACCCCGCGGCGGCGGAGACGCUCUCUACGGCGGACAGGCGGUGACGGUAAAAGGCCGUGACAGUGUGCUGGGGGGGAGGUAUCCGGCUAAAGCUCUGUUGGGUUCUUCGUCACCGUAUGGGGCUUCAGCAGGUGCUCGCGGCCUGCCAGGUCGUAUCCCCUCGACCUAUGGAGACGGAGGUGUGUGGUACGCUGGCGGGGAGGCUGGUGCAGCGGGCUACGUGGGCUACGAUGCACGGGAUGAGGUCCACGGUGUUAGCCGUGGACCCUCUUCAGAGAGCGGAUCGGAGUCUGGAGGCUCGUCGGUUGGAUCUAUCUCGCUAGGCCUGCCUGUCUUCCGCGUGCAGCUGCUGGACCAGGCCCGAAUGCACGAUCUCAAUGCGCCUGACGCUGCGGAGGCUGUCGCAGCAGCUCGUGCUCAGAUCGUAGUGAAGCCGGAAGCGGAAAUGCCGCUCGAGUCUCGAACGCAGGCAGACGGGUCCGGUGUCCAGCGGCGAAGCCAAGUGAACCGUUCGUCUCGCCCCUCCGCCCGCAAGACUUCACGACGCAGGGGAGACACACAGGCGCCGUCUGGAAGCGCGUGGCGAGAGGGCGAACUUGGUCGAACUGGUGAAGAUACCGCGUCAACAGCGAUUCUGUUGCCCAUGAACGCGUGGCGUCCACCAGUGCUGGAUAUCCGUAUCGACAGGGUGGAGGUGAAGUUUGCGCCAGCUGAAGACACCUUCUCAGGAGACUGCGCGAGGAGCGACGGUGGAGCAUCGGAAGCGUUGCAGGUGACCCUCGACCUUUCAGUGGGAAACAUCACCAUAUUCACGCAAGAUGGGUCACGCCUUCUGCGCAACACAUCUUCUUUGCGGAGACUGUUCGCCAUCCCACUGAGUUCGCCUCCUCCUGGAGGCGCCACUCAGGGGGCGGGGGUCGCUUUUUCUUCGCCGUCUGCCAAUUGGUGGUCGCAGCAUGGCGGCGCUGGAAGUGCACGGCCUGGCGCUCCUGGAUGGUCUGGGUCUGGUCGCCAGGCACCGCCGCCUCCCGCAGCCAAGAAAGAGGCGCUGAGGUUCGGGCUGUCUUCGAUGCUUGCAGGACGUCUGGAGGACAAGUUUUUCGAGUUGUCGGUCAGGGGCUCUCCUGCUACCGUGGAAGCGAAAGGACGUGUAGCUAUGACGCGCAUAGAGACGCAGAUCAGCGUGCUUGUCGGUUGUGCUGAUUGGGUAUUUCUUUUCUUGGACUUCUUGAAGCAGCAACACAGGGCUGAGGUGAUCUAUCCCGCAAUCAAUUUUGGGUGCUGCUUCUCAACCGCCAUAUGCCCCUCGGGGACAGGAGUGAAGAAUCUUCUGAGCGAUCAAGUUUUCCUCCUGGAAGCAAGUGCUGCGGCCGAAGGCAGGAACGAGAUUCUCACUACAAACUCCUCUGUUGACGCCGGAGAACGUGAUGAUCGCAACGACAGUCCUCUUUGCCGCAGCGCUCCUCUCAGCUACAGCACGGAGUUCUUCGGAAACCUCGAGGAGUUUGAGAGGAACUCUGGUGGCACACAGUCGGCUGGUGGAGGGGGCGAGGAUACGUCUGUCAGCAGUAUUGCCGACAAGGAUAACUAUCUGGCCCGUGGCUCAGCUGGAGAAAGCUCCGUGGGUGGCUCCGAGGACCUCUUCAGCGGAGAUGACUGCAGCGUGGAGGCUUUCCUCGUGGGCCGGUCAGAGGCGCGCCACAACCACGAACAGAAGCAGCAGCUUCUCAGUAUGCUACGGCAACGACGAGGCCUGGGCUUGAUGAAGCUUAUGUUCCCUGCAUUUGAAUUGCCUCUGGAUUGCUGUACGCUUGGCAGUCUGGGCUUGCCUCCCCUCUUACCUCCUCUGCUCCCGCAGGAGUCUCUUGAACGCGUGGUGGAAGAGGCUCUAGUUUCGCGGCAGCCAGAAGCUCUCGGCAACGCGCCUGGCGGAGUUCUCGAGGCCCGCCGUGAUGGAGGGGGGGGCAGGGAUGCUGUGAAGGAAGAUGGGGAAGUCUCGGAAGCACCAGUGACUGCGAUCAAGACUCUCCACAGAAUGAGCACAAGCGGCCUGCUAGAGUUCCACAAGGGGAAGGUCAAGAAAUUUGGAAGUGCCGCCAAACGCGCGAUCGGCCAUGCCCCAGACAAGGUGACGGGUCUUUUCAGGCGUCCUGCGUAUGAGACAGGGGCUGCGCGAGGCCACGAUACCCGUGGUGCCUUCGGGAGACCUGCAGGCUUUGGCGUCCACGGUGUGGCUCGCGCGAGUCGCUCCGGAGCAGCAGCGGCCUCGGGCGGGCCGGCUGGGGGGGCGCCGACCCAGUUGCCGAUGGGGUACGCCGACGGUCGCGGCGGAUCCUGGACGCGCGGCGGAUCCUGGACGCGCGGCGCAUACAAGGGCGACAUGAAUCAACUGCGAAGCUGUGCCGGCCGUGGCCUGUGGACGGAAGACGCGAACGCUCAGGAAAUGGCGCAGAGCCCCACACUGUACGGCAUUCCCACCGACGCAGGCGCUUCCGAUAGCAGAGCCAUCGACGCUGGAGAUGAGGAUCCUUACGCGCAGUCCGAGGUGCCGAGCGAUGCCUCUGGGAAGCGCGCAACGGGUAGCAGGCGGAUAGGUCGGGACAGGCUGCGGCGAGUCGUGCGCAUCAGAGGUCUCUUUGGAAGAAAGAAGAACAAGGGCGGCGCAGGAGGCCGGCAGUCAAUAGAGCUAGACGACGACUCCCUUGAAGAUUACAGGGACAGAGAAGACGAUGAGCAGUCCGGUGGACGUAUGCGGCUCAACUCGCGUGCGUACGGAAGCGGUUUCAGGAGCAUCCAGAGGGCUUUUUCCUUCCCCAACUACCGAAAUCGGAGUGCCUCUGGAUCAGUGCCAAAGUCGUCCUUCUUCUCGCGCCCGCAACGCAAUGCGCGACGGAAUCAAACUUUGCAGCGACACAGCAUCCUCGGUCCUGUGCGCGGCGAGUUUGCCACCUACGACGCAUACGCAGAUGUCGUACGACCUGACGAGUUCGGCCUUCGCAACUUCCCAUAUGAGGAUGGCCUUCGGGCCUAUGCGCCUUACCGGGAUGCUGAGUGGCAGUCCAGUUACCGCAAUUUUGGAUGCAACGAUGGGCUGGUUGCAGCCGCCCGUCGGGGCACUCGUAUGCAACAGUCCUCUGCAGCCCCUGCGGCUCCAUCUCUCGCACGGGCGGCCGUCGUGACUGCUCUCAAGGGCAUUGGGGAUGCGGUUGCUGCAGCGAAGAAGAGAGGCAAAGCUGUCGAGGCUGCCAGCAUGUCCCAAAGACGGAAAGUUGUCGUCGUGGAACUCGACGGCGUGGAAGCGUGGUUGGUUCUUCCGCCGCCUGAAAUCCUGGCGCUACGGAAUUCCUUGCCGCCAGUUGGCGCAGUGGACACAGGAGCAGGGGUCUCGGCCGAGUCCGGCAUAGUUGCAUCGUCGGGCGCGACCAAAGGGGGCAGCAACACCAAUGCAAGAACAGCGACGCCCAGCACAGCGACUCCUGGGGGUGGAGACCUGUCUUCAAAGCCAGAGAACGACAAAGCGGGCAUUCUUGCAGAGAGGGCGCUCCUGUCGCUGGACGAAACGUCUUCCUCUGCUUCAGCGGAAUCUGCAUCGUUGUCCACAAAUACAAUUGUAGAGACCGACGAGAGCGACCGGACGAGCGCUACCAGCAGCUUAGCAGGCAGCGACGCCGCCGCGUCGUCAGUGUCGUCGGCUGGCUCGGAUGACGACAUCCUCUUGUCCGGAAUGUCGCCGUCUGUAUAUUCAGCUGUUUCGAUGCUUCCAAGACUGCAGAUUCUUUCCACUGCAUACAAGGUCGCUGGGUUUCUUUUAGACGAGGACCAGAGGAAAGACAGCAAAAACCGGCAGACUGUUGCAGUUGGGGCCUUGUUGUGUUGCUCCCUUAAUGUCCAGCAACUCGGCGCUGAAGUCGGCGCGGCCGUAGGUGUCCGCAGCUUAAGUAUGAUGAUUGGGACGCCAACGCCGUGUGAAGCUUUUAUCGACUUCGUGUCUCCUGGCCUUUCCCGAUACAUUCACCUGCCCACUUUCCACAAGCAAGCCGCGUGGUUCAACGCCGCUGCCUUGAGUCGGUACCCAGGGGGAGCAGCGGCGUACAGUAAUGCACACGCGGGCUCUGCAUGGCUCGACGGCGCCCUUGUGGGCGCGAAUGGCCCUGCCGCCCACCUCGGUCUACAGGCGCGGUCCCGAGCUUCAGACACCGCGAUGCAACAGGAGACGUUCGGCGGAGCUUUCCCGGGUGCAGGCCAGGGAGGAGUUGGAAUGGCGUAUAGCCGACUUGGAGGAGGCGCGCUAGAAUCGGCAAAUGGGCUGCCCGCCAUCAAAACUGGAGGCGGCGCGCCGCCGUCUCUAGGCGUGGCAGAGCUGCAAGAUACCGCGAGCGGCCCGCAGCAUGCGGGGACGAGAAGAGACCCGCAAAUGCCGCAAGGCAUUGAUCGAGGAGGGCGUCCAAUGCUUCAAGGACUUCCAGCUCUUCUAGAGGGUUUCAGUGGCGCAGUCUUGCUUCCCAACGUGCACAUCCGUACGGACCAUCUUCUUUCGGUUUCCCCGUCGUAUAUGGCUUUCGGAGGCGUCCCCGGGGCUGCCGGUCGCGUCGACCUCGAUAUCAACGAUCCCCAGGUCCACUUCUCUUUCGAGAUCUUCCAAGGCUUGGUGGAGAUGCACGCUCGCCUGGUGCAGGAGCUGGCCUCAGCGAAGAAAAGCAUAGGUCGUCGCUUGUCCGCCAGCGCUCAGAGCGCGUCGGUAGUCGCAGCCGUCCAGCGAGUCGCGGAAGCCGCUGCUCAUGCUGCUGCUGGAAGCAGCAGUUGCGGCGGGAGCGCGUCUUCUUCUGCACAGCGGCGCGUAUCCGUUGACUCAGUCUUCCGGAGUUCCGGCGGCGAAAUGCCAGAAGCGGCUGCUGCCCACCAGCAAGCGGGGCGCGACUCCACGGGCGGCGGUCCGGGCGGAGGCAGGCGAAGCGUCGACGGCGGUGCCCAGCAGCGCGGCGCCAGUAGCGAGCUUGGUCAACUCUUGUAUCCCCAUAUCUGCAAGAUUAUCACCAACUACAUUCUGCGGGUGGGAGACAACACCAUGGAGGGGCGGCUGCUUGCGCUGCUUGCCGCGUCUGUCACCAGGCUGAGCCAGGCUGUGUUUGCUGCGAAGCAGCCUAGAGCGGAGCCGGUGCGAUCAUCGACGCGCCCCAAAUUAGGAGGCCCGAACGGCGUUCCUGCGGUACUAGAGGAGUUUCAGAAAUCUGGGCUGAAACUCCCGACAGCUCGUCGAGGAAUGCCAGAUUACGAUUCUAUCGACCGCGCGUCCUCAAACAGCGAUUCGGUCUGCAGCGCCGUCACUGAAUGUCGGUCUCCUUCCGCGGCGAUUGGAGACUGGGAUGAAUCGAAUGGCUCUGGAGAGGGUCUGUUAGUGAAUCGAACAGCCACGUCGCCGCCCGGGUUGACCUCCAAGUUUUCUACCGCUCUGAAAGCGGAGGGCGAUGCAGACGACCUUGGUGCGGACCAAGUCCCGAAUGGCGCGACGCGUCAGUCUUCGUCGCUGCACCUGGGGAACGCCAGGAGUCCCCCGGCGAAUGGCGGAGACUCUCCGGGGCCUGUCCAGCACCGCUCUACGGUCUCAAGACUUGGUGCGGCUCUCGCAGUGUCACCGAGUGCUGCUUUGAUCGAUAGCCGUCCGACAACGGCGACGUCACCCGCCGCCGGGAUCUCCGGCGUCCCAGGCGGCCUCCGUUGUGCGAGCCGCUCUUCCCUGGAUGGCGCUGUUUCUCUGUACUAUGGCCAUGGUAGGAUGACCAUUGGCAGGGAGGAUGGGUACCUGGUUGGCGACGACAUGGAAGAGGACGACGACCUGGGUGAUUUCCAGGUUGGCAAGUUGAUGGAGGCCGUCGGAAUGAGCCCGGGCUCUGUACAAGCCGUGGGGGGAGGUGCCACGGGACCACCUACUGCGAGUCAAGGGCUUCUGACGCUUUCAGGAGACUCGAGUGGCUUCUACAGCUGGAUCGGCCUCCCCGCUGCUGAUGUGGACCGAUUGCCCGCGACGGGAGAGGCUGACGUGCAGAGCACGUCAAUUUUGGGCCAAGACGUCGAGUUCGAUGAUCCAAUUCACAAGAUUUUGGACUUUCUGCUGGCGUUGACAGAGUACAAAGUAGAAGGCGAGACCGAACUGGAUGUCCACCUGAGCGUCCGGGAGUGCACCAUGGAAUUCCAUGAUUCUCACGGUUCGCUCAUGAAGGUUCGCGUUCUCGUGGUGAAAGGUCAGGCCUACAUCCAUCCUCCGGUUCGCGGGCCGAAUGCUCUGAAGAGGUUCGGAGCGAAGAUGGAAGUCAUGAUCACGGGGUAUGACCCGAUGAGUAACUCCCAGGAAGAGAUUCUUCAUCCACUGACUGCUGCUGUCUCGAUGAAGCGUGAGUAUUCGGAUCCACUGGUUUCCGAUUGGUCUUGUCUGCACAUUCAGUCGUCUCUGGGAGGUGUGUCUUUCGACAUCAGCAGCGGCCUGCUCCAGCUCGUAUCGUACAUCAUCAAUACAGGGAAAGAGAUCCUAGACCGCGAAGAGGGGUGGCUGGGCACACACAACAGUCUCCGCGUGUACAACGAUCUCCACACGGAAAUCCUCGUUAUGCACAAACAGCGCACGCGGGAUAAGUCGAAGACCUGGCGGUUCCACAAGCUCUUGCCGAAUCAGUGGCUGGUGGCGCCGACGUCGCUGCUGUUCUUCUCCGUGCGGAAGUAUUUCCCGCGGGAACACACCGGAGAGGGGGACGAGAGAAGCGACAACGACACUGGCGUUCUGCGGAGCCCCUCCAUUCACCUGAACGGCGAGGACGACGUUCGAGGCUUCAUCGACAGUCUGAUGACUCUAGGCAGUAGUAGACAAAAAAAUCAGUGGCUGAAGUCUCAGGAGCGAGUGUUGCUAUUCUCGAGCACGCGCGCAACCCAGCAUCCUCUUGAACUCAUCGCUGAUGACAUGCCGCUUCUGGCUGGGGACGGCACCUCUGCUGGCGACCGCAGUGGGCCGCGGACCGCAGCUGAACAACUCCUCCAAGUCAUUCGGCGCGAGCCGGGCUGGUGCAACCUGGGUCGACUGCAUGCGGACUACUCCAACUGCCGGUGCUACUGCCUCCACAACGCGGGAUACAAAGUCCUUGUGGAGCCGUACGUCGACCGCCUGCGCGGCGUCUGGAGUCUGACCGUCGGCAGCUGUGUGCAGAUCCAAAACAGCUGCGCCAUGCCUCUUCGAAUCUACGAAGGCCGGAAUCGAAACUACCUGCAGAGCAUGGCUAGCAGCUGUUGUGGGCGCGGUGGACGCUUGGAGUGGAGGCGAAGCGACUUGGGCAGUUUCAUCGACAUCAUGCCGCAGUCGAGGCGCUCGGUUCCGCUCUCUUGGUUCGAGACAGGUCACCUGCCGGGCUUUGCGCCGCUGGUGGAACCCGACGCGUCUCUCGACGUCCUCUGGCGGAUGAAAGAUGAACAGGAUCGCCCACAAGGCAUCUGUGCUUGGCCAGGGCACGGGGCGACGUCGCUCACGCCCGUCCCCUUCUACACGUUGUACAAGCUCCUGAACAGGAAGAACGCUAGCGACAGCCGUCGCCUGGACCUGCCGCCGUUCACGCUUCAGCUUCGAGGGAUCCUCAUGUUCCACGGCUCCGUCGAUGUGACGGACGUCCCUUCUCAGCACACGAACCGCAUUGCCCACAAGUACGUUGUGAAGAUCGAGCCAAUGUUAACCAUCAAAAAUACGCUGCCGUUCCACAUUUCCAUACGCCUCUCUGUGCGGAACAGCCACCACAAGAGUCACGUUUCUCGAGCGCGGCGGCGAGAACCCCGAGGUUCGCAUCAUUCGGACGCUGACGGCAAUCCGACCCUCCAGGGCUUGCGUGCGGACUCGAAGGUUGAAGGUGCAGUCCCUUCUUCAGGCGGCAAUCGACUGAGCCUCCCAGUCAUAGCUAUCGGCGAACUCGCUGGCGCCGGAGCUGGAAAUCGCAGCUCAGCAAACGGUGGUCGCGGCGUCAGCAGUCCCGGCGGCGCCACUGGCUUCUCCAGGAAGCCCGCGGAAGCAGCCGACGAAGGCGACACCACUGCGAAGCUUGAGGGGCUGGAUAGUUGGGGAAAGCGGAAUUCGGAAGACAGGGAGCGGUCAGCAGAAACGAGGAUGGGCGGCUUUUUCGGAAACGUCGUGGGCGGCGGAAAAGGCAGGCUCAUGAUAGAGAGAAGACGGAAAGGCAGACAAACAGAUGCGAUGAAGCUCCUGGACAACAAAUGGGUCAAGGCAAAGAUCGGUCCACACGAGGUGUGGGGGGUCCCUGUUAGCGAACAGAGACUGUAUAUGAAGGUCUCCGUCCAUGGUGCGCCGCUGGAGAUCUUUGAAACGAAGCCGUUACCAGCAGAGUUUAUCAGUGAGGCGCAAACUCUCAUUAAUCCUCUGCGGUCCAAGCGCGAGAGUGGAGGCGACGCCGACGGAGAUGGCGACGGCGUCAGAUGCCCACCAGGAGCGCGAGGAUCGGGGGCAGCCGGCAACAGUGUGUCUCACUCGAAUCGGAAGAAAUCGUAUUUCAACCAGAGCCCCAGGUUGGUUUAUGAGUCUUCGCGGUUCUCCGUCUUCCUUCCCCACCAGGAAACGGUGACAGUCUCCCGCGUGCUUUACCACCGACGCGGAAACUUGCGGGCGCUGCUGCCCGAGUCCGCUAGACGCCUCGCUUUGGCAGACUUGGGGAUCAUAGCAGGACGCAAGCAUCGGGGGCGGGCUGCAGGACUCGACAUGUACGCUCAGAUGCAAGUCGCGGCCGACGUGAGCCGGCGACAAGUUACUAUUUUCAGUCCCUACUUUUUUGAGAAUCUGACAGACGCGACGCUUGCAAUCAACGGACUCAUUGUGCCCAGCAAAUGCAGGCUAUACUCAACAGAGGAAGACGCCAAAAAUCUGAUUCUCAAGGUCUUCAAGGUGGAUGCCCUAAGCAACCAGAUCCUGCACACGCCGCUCAGCAAGCGGAUGGAUCUUACCGGUAUCUCCACAGCGAGGCCGCCCAUCAGUCUUAGGUUCACGCCUGUGAAGCGGAAUAAAGGCAUUCGCUUUGCGUGGGGUAAAAAGCGCACGGAGAUAUGGAGCACAUCGAAUGCGUCGCUUCCCGAUACGCAGCUCUUGCGAGAAGGCGACAGACUGUCGGCCGAAAAGCUGAGACCCCUGAUGGAGCACACGGAUUCGUCAAGCGAGAAUCGAGACAACGGCAGCGAAGGAACACCUGGUGCGCUGCAUGCGGGCUUCAACGAAACUUGGCAGGCGCACGGAAGUCUGCGGGAUCACAGCGUGUCUGAAGAGGGCCAGACGGACUGGACAUACACCGACAGCGUCGACGACGAGCGAUCGGACAAGAACGGAGAAAGCGACGACGAAGACCAGGCAUUCACGCGCUGUGACUCUCUGGAGGCGACCUGCAGAGACCGAAGAGAGUUCAAGAGUGAGGUGAAGCGGGGCUCGAGUGUCCGGAUGCGCCGCGUUCCUAAAACAGUCGCCAGGCGAGGAGCCCUCAAUCUGCGGGAUCGGCUUAUGGGAAGAGGAAAGGUUAGUUUCGGUAAUGCGAAGCGGCAUCCGCCGAAAGGGAAUCUCGGCUCAAGGCAGCUCCGCGGUCGACGGCCCAGCAGCUGGUACGAAGAUUCUUACAGCCCAAACACACUGCGAGGGAAUCGAAGUCCCCCCAGCUCUCGCGAGGGAGCUCACUCUUUGUCAGCCGGUCGUCCUGACAGCAGUGGCGAAAGCGGCCCACUGGAGGAACGCAUUCCUUCGGUCAACGAGCAUCAGUCAAGGGGAAAGAGGCUGGUGGCGAACAUUCGGCGGCUCAGACGCGCGGAGGCGCUCAGAGCCUUGCAAGAGCAACAGCAGCGCAUGCGCCAACAGAAGCACGGAAGGACAACCGGAACUUUCCGCACUCACGUGGCGUCCUUCGCGGGCGCUGAGAGAGAUGACACUUUUUCCUUUGCCGAGACAGUUCCCCCAGAUUUGAGCUGCCCAGCGGGCGCCCCCUCGGCGGUCAGCGCUCCUGUCGGGACGGCGGCUGACAAGACCGCGGUGGGCGGCGGAAAGAUGGUACUGUGGAGCGGCAGCACAAGCAUCGUGAUGGGAUGUUGCACGCGUUACGCUGAGCUUCCCUACAACACGUCAAAGAUUGUCAGCUUCAUCAACCGGUACGAAUUCGUCUCUCAGCUCCCUUUCCCAGUAGUCGUACGAGACGUGAGGACAAAGGGAGGAGUCCUCGGCGUCAUGAGCGCCAGAGUGAAACAGCGCCUUUGUGAAAUGGUGCUGGUGCCUGGUCAGUCGAAAGCGUUCCACUCCAUGGAGUCUAAGGUCACCCUCACCCAUCCAGCCAGGACCCUGACAUCGCUUCCCUUCUCUCUCGUCCCGCCCCACGUGCCUUCCUCUUUCCAAGUCGAGCUGUUGCCCUCUGCUCCGGUCGGGGGAGUGGGAGCAGCGGGGUUUUCCGUGGGAAGCAACCAGCGGGCGAUCAUUGUUCAGGUUAACAUCGUGUCCGGGCUUUUCGGCGACGUGCCCGCCCUGCCUUACACAUACAACGGCCUCUUCCUCGUUUUGACGAUUCCAUCCUGUCCGCAGUUUCAAAUCUGCAACUUAACCAGGUACUCCCUGGCCUAUCUGCCGGGCGACACGACUCGCCAACAUCGGCAUCAGCUACAGGCAGGACAGACGCAAGGGACAAGUGCGAGCGUGGCAGGCACUGUAGCGGAGCAUGCGGGUCUUCAGGCAGCGGCGAUUUCAGCUGCGGGGGAAGCCGCGACAGACCCCGGCGCACCGGGAGCGCAAAAUAUGUACCCCCGCGGCUUAGCCCAGUCGCUGCGCGAGGGUAGGCUGGCGACAGGCGGAGGCGUGGGGACCGGCAGGGGGGCAAGAGGUCGCACGGGCGGCCACGCAGGAGGCGGCACGGAGAAGUCCACCGGCGCAGGCCCGACGACUUCCGCGCGGAUCGUCCCCCCUCACUCGGCCGUUCCAUACAUCCCGCCGGCCCAGAAGAAUAUCGAAAGCGUACGGGUUCACCUGCGGGUGGUCGAUGCUCAGCACUGUGCGUGGUCUACGCACUGUCUUGCGAACGUUGUAGACCGCCUCCAGCCCAUUGAGUUCGUUCCGCGUCGAGGCGUCCUGUCGUCGGCAGUUGGGCCUGAGCCGCUGCAUCUCCCUGGAGGCGAUGACCUCCGCGGCGUGUCCGCGGCUGGCGCCCAUCCGGGGGCUCCGCUCCGAGGCGUUGACAGCGUCGGCCCGAUUCCCUCGAUCUCGGUCGCUGCGCAGCAUGGCAUCGGCUCCUACCUCCUCCCGCCGUCUGCGCAGCCCACGCCCUCGUCCUCGCAGCAGCAGCUCAUGAGUCUCGCGGCGCUGAAGGGACUAACUGGCGGCGCUGACAUCCCCGCGACUGGCACAGCGAGCAGCCUUCCGCCAGUCAUGCAUGGACAGCGUCCAGUCAACUACCACGGCGGCGGACGGGGUGUCUCCACGAGCUCACUCCACAUUACCCCGCCUCCCGCAGUCUCCGCAACGACUCUGAGUAUCGUGGCGACAAGCCACCUGUCGCCGCGCCCUCAGAUGACCCGCUUCGGAGCCGUUGGCGGUCACUCCGGCGUGGACGGCGGCGGACCAGCAGGGGGCCCUGGCUCAGCCUACCGGAGCGGCGGCGCAGUGACGAAUGUCGGCCCGAUGGCAUCUGAUGGAGCCUACUUUCUGGGGCCUGCGUCCGCGGUGGGACCUGUGUCGUCGUCCGGCGUGGCGACGCCCACGACGGGCAUCGGAGGUGGUGGAGCCGCAGCCCCCGGAGAGCGUCUCCGGCAUCCCGCGACGGUGUUCCGAGGGACGGAGGUAGCCGGCGCAUCCAAUCUGCUGGCUCCGGGCGACAUCAGUGCUGGCGCCGCAAACACUGAACUGACACCCAGGAGGAGAGUCAAAAUCUCGAGUCACAAAGGAUCGCUUGCAGCGGAAACGCCCGUCACAGCGGUGUCCUUCGUGUCAGCGUCCCCUGCUGCUCCAUCUCAACAGAACCUGCCUGCAGCAGGGUCAUUCCAGCGAAAGAAGCUGUGGACGUUCCUUAUCGUUUCCAAUACAGGAUCGCGGCUGUUGAUGGUGUGUGAGUCUCGUCGCAUGGCGCAUAAAGUACGCGCAGGUCUGACAGGCCUGGAUGAGCACCUGGGUCACGCACAUGGGAAUGCCCCUGGGGACGGCAGACUCUCCUCCCAAAGGGCUUUGACGCCCAGCGCAGUCGCGCUGGCGCCCGUUGCGGCAGAGCCGGCCGCAAAUGGUCUGGAGCGCGUCUACGGUGGCAACACCUUCACGCUCUUCGAUGAUUCAUGGAGCGGAUGGGGCUGGGGAAGGCCAGCUGCAGGAGGCUGGGACAGCGCCACAGGGAGCCGGGAAAGCAUCUUUGGAAGUCUCGAAGAGUGGAUGCGAGGAAUUUCGUCUGACAUGUGCAGCGGGGACCUGGUGCCUUCUCUUAUGAAUUCCGCGGACUCCGCCUAUCUCUGGUUUGGACACCCUGCAAACCCCGCAAGAGGUCGCGGCCUCUGGGAGUUGCUGAUGCAGUCUGUGACGGAUCAGGAGGAUGAGGAUGCGGAGGAAGGCGCCAGGCAUGGCGACGGGGCUGUCGGUGACACCACAAGCGGAAGCGACAGUAAAGCCGCCAAGGGGAAGCCCCGAAAGGAGAAGAAACAGAAAAAGCAGAAAGCGCAGAGUGCGUUGCACAGGCCUCCUCCAUGGUUGGGACUCAGCUACGAGUUCCAUCUCCCCAGACUGACGAUGACUUGGAUUCAUCAAAAUGAAGUGGUGCUUGCUAUGCACAUGACGAAUUUCUCCGUGACGGGGUCCGUGAUGCCUAAAGACACGGAAGCGAUUCUGCGCGCGUACCCGAGCCUGACGCACACCGCUGCGCAGAAGAGAAAGCAGGUCGUGAUGGUUCCUAUGCGGGGUAUCGUGCAUGUCAGCGAUCUUCCGGGGUUCGAGAAUCGGCUGUCGCGGCGGAAGGAGAGGCGCCGCCGAAGGAGACGGCGUCGGCGGGAGCACGGCGACGCGUACAGCGGUGGGGGUGGCGGGCCUAGUGAAACGGCAGACGACGCCAGCGACGGAGACGACCCGAGCUCCUCGUCUGGUAGCGAGGGGGACGACGAGGUUCACGGCCACCGUCUACAGAGUGGCUUGACAACAAGCGGGAAGCGCAGGAAAGGAAAGAAAUCCCUUCAGCCGCCUGACUUCCGCAUGCUAAUGUUCACAAAUAGCACAGCGUCCGUCCUCCUGCAAAUCUCCAUGUUGCAUUUGGACCACUUCGUGAGAGGAGAUAUCCCCGUCAUCUUGAAAAAUACGCCGCCAAAGGACUCGAGACAGAAAGACGUUUUCCUCUGGUUCAACGUGCAGCGAUCCCUAGUGGAUCCCAGACAGGCCCCCAUGUACGACCUCAUCGAACUGAAGAUCAGCUCUUUGAGCGCCAACAUUGAGCUGCUGGUCAUUGAGCAGCUGAUUCAGCUGGCGGAAAAGGAAAUGCAGAUGUUGGAGAUCUUCCAGACAACGCGGCAACAAGUGUGUCCAGCCCUUCAGACCGCGAUGAAGUGUCGCGAGGCCGUGAAGGCGAUCGUGGAGCUUAGUACAUUCGAAAAGCAGCAUAAGCUUCUGCCUCAGUCGCAACACCUGUCUCCUGGCCUGGCCGUCGGGGCGCUGCCGGGGGCCGCGUAUACCCUAACUCAUCCCGGAGGGCCGUCGACGGUGUCUGCUGGGGGACUCAGUGGUGCGUCUCUGCGUGGAACUCCAGCCGUGACGACUUCAUCGCCGCAAAUGCUCCUGCCUGACCAAUCGUUCACUGGAACCGGCGCAGUUUCUCUCUCUCAGGCGGCUAACACAGGCGCGCUUGCAGCGGCCGCGGGAGGGGCUGGAGCGAGCAGCGGCCGAUCGGGAUGUGGAGGAGCGAGUCUGGGAGGCGCGCAGCAGCCCGAGUCGGUGGAACAAAUGCUUCGGCAGUUGCCCCUUCAUGUCCAGUACUACGCCGAGCCGCGCAUCCUCAUUUCCACGAAAGAUUCCCACGUCUUCGUGUACCCGAAUCCGCGGUGGGUCGAGCUGCAGGAUGCAGCCCCAGUGUAUCUGAAGCACCUGCGGAUUGGGCCCAUGGCGCUGACCGUAUCCAUCCGUACCAGUGAACACCGCAUCUCUCGCCAAGUGCUCCAUAUUGUCGACGCGCUGCCGCUCGAUACGCCUUACAUGAGCAUACAAAUCGCGAGUGAAAAGCGCCGCUUUAUUGUCUGCUCGUGGGACGAGCUGUUCUACUCUCUGCGCAACAGCUACAUGAGGCAAUUCAUUCGACAGUCUCUGCCGUCGGCCUGGAUGUCGAAUCCGUUUGCUUUCGCCAUGGGAUUCAUACGUGGCUGCGGAGCGCUCGUCAACCAGACGGUGAAGGGAGCGACGAGUGGAGGCAACGUAUUCGAGGGCCUCGUGACUGGCUUCCGCAUUGGUUUCAUCCUCUUCGUCAUCUACACAAUGGGAGGAAUCAUGCAGUCGCUCAGUCACAUCCUUAAUAUUCUCCAUAAACUGCUCGGCGGUAGCAGGCCGAGGCCAUAUGGCGUCUUGGAUGCGUUCUGGAAGGGCUUCAACGGCUUCCUCCUCGAUACCUUCUGGCGGCCGUGGGUAGCAAUCGCUACUGACCCCAUCGCGAGCGUGAACAGAGGCGACAGCUUCCCGAAGACAACAGCGCUGUUCAUAGUAUGUCUUCUCCGGUGUGCAUUCUCCCUUGUCUUCGGUUUGCUAAAUUUCCUGACUUCCAUCACCGAGGGUUUCUCCAACACCCUUAUCGGAGACUUCGAGCAGUUCACGCGUGUCCAAGAGCGGGCAGACCUCGACAAGAAACACAAACAAGCUCUACAGCAGAGUCACUCUCCACGUGCGGCUGGCAUGCUGGAUAGCGCCGGCGGUGUUGCGGGGUCACAGUCUGCGCCCUUCGGGACCGGAGGCCCUGCUUCGAGCUUUUACUCGCCUAGCGCUGCUGGCAGGCGCAGCACUGUGGGCUUUAUGGGACGUGGGGCUCCCUUCUUCGGGGGACAGGGCUUCGGCGGAGCUGGCGACAGGGCUGACGGCGCCGCGGCUGGGGGAGAAUGGGGACGACUCGGCAGCGUCUCUGGAUCGUUUGCCGACGGCGGUUUCCGAGGCGGGGCGGGAAGAGAGGUGCGAGUGCAUUUCGAGACCACAGGUCCGCGAAGAAGCAAACAAGGCCGCGAUGCCGCUGGAAUAGGGUCCCCCAGCGCGAGACACCGAGGCGGAGAAGGCGAUGCGGGCGACAGGGGGCGCAGAGAGAGGAAGAGACGGGACAGUUUUGGAUCAAGGUUUACCUCGGCGUUCAGGAAGAUGUCAUCUUCGAUGCCAGGCGCCUGA